AGUUAAUUUAUCCACGUGCAAUAUAUAGAUAUAUGUACUAUACGCGCGAGUUCAGCUCACACCAACUAUUGUGCAAAUCUAGUUUACCGCCAGCCAAUUCACGAGUUGAUGCGGUCUUCUCGUCUGCUAUUCCAACCGGCAUUUCUUACUUACCACAAUAGUUAUUUAUGUGCGCUUCUCUUACCUGCCUUCUGCUCUCUUAGCCAUUCCCUCAUACACUUGGAAAGCAUUACAAACGAGGUAGAGAAAAUGAGUUUCAGAGAUGAUAACGAAGAUGCCAGGGGGGAUAUACGAAAACCGUUUCUACACACAGGAAGUUGGUACCGAAUGGGUUCUAGGCAAUCCAGCAUGAUGGGCUCCUCUCAGGUCAUUCGCGAUAGUUCCAUCUCUGUUGUGGCCUGUGUCAUGAUCGUCGCUUUGGGUCCUAUUCAAUUCGGUUUCACCAGCGGUUAUUCGUCUCCAACCCAAACUGCGAUCACUGAAGAUCUUGGACUUUCCGUCUCGGAGUUCUCUUUAUUUGGUUCGCUGUCCAAUGUGGGUGCUAUGGUUGGGGCUAUAGCCAGCGGUCAGAUUGCAGAGUACAUAGGAAGAAAAGGGUCUUUAAUGAUAGCUGCUAUUCCUAAUAUAAUUGGGUGGCUUGCUAUUUCUUUUGCCAGAGAUGCUUCUUUUCUCUACAUGGGAAGGCUAUUGGAAGGUUUUGGUGUAGGAAUUAUCUCAUACACGGUGCCCAUAUAUAUAGCAGAGAUAGCACCCCAAAACUUGAGAGGGGCUUUGGGUUCAGUAAAUCAGCUCUCUGUCACACUCGGAAUCAUGUUGGCUUAUCUGCUUGGACUUUUUGUUCAAUGGAGAAUACUUGCAGUUUUGGAACUUGGCCCAAAUUCUUUUGUAGGAAUAUUACCAUGUACAGUCUUGAUACCUGGCCUGUUUUUCAUUCCGGAAUCUCCUCGGUGGCUGGCAAAAAUGGGUAUGACAGAAGAUUUUGAAGCUUCUUUGCAAGUUCUUAGGGGGUUUGAUAUGGAUAUUUCACUUGAAGUGAAUGAAAUUAAGAGGGCUGUAGCUUCAACAAGCAGAAGAACUACAAUCCGGUUUGCAGAACUCAAGCGAAGAAGAUAUUGGCUCCCGCUAAUGAUUGGGAUUGGAUUGCUUGUCCUGCAACAACUUAGUGGAAUUAAUGGUGUUCUAUUCUACUCCAGCACCAUUUUUGAAACUGCUGGCAUUAACAAUAGUAAUGCUGCUACAUUUGGGCUUGGUGCCAUUCAGGUCAUUGCUACCGGUGUAACUACAUGGUUAGUUGACAAGGCAGGCCGCAGGCUUCUACUUAUUGUUUCCUCUACUGGGAUGGCUCUCAGCCUCCUAUUGGUUGCAGUAUCAUUCUUUGUGCGGGAUUUUGUAUCAGAUGAAACUAGUUUAUAUAACAUUUUGGGGAUCUUAUCAGUAGUUGGAGUUGUGGGGAUGGUAGUUGCCUUUUCUUUGGGCAUGGGACCCAUUCCUUGGAUUAUAAUGUCUGAGAUUCUUCCAAUCAAUAUUAAGGGACUUGCUGGAAGCGUGGCAACACUUGCCAACUGGUUCAUGUCCUUUGUGGUUACAAUGACUGCAAACUUGCUUUUGGAUUGGAGCGGCGGAGGUACGUUUACCAUUUAUAUGAUUGUAUGUGCUCUUACUAUUGCAUUUGCGACUAUUUGGGUUCCUGAGACAAAAGGGAGAACUUUGGAAGAAAUUCAAAGUUCCUUCAGAUAAGGAGGUUUUGUUGUUUUCAUUUGAUGGGAUUCAAUUUUGUAACAGGAAGAAAAAAAAAAAAAAAAACAGUCGUGGGGUUUCCCAUUUGUAAUGAACUAAUGAUCCUUCCUUAUUCAUUCAGUUGCUUGAAUAAACAUGUAAGAUAGCAUAUGUUCCUGGUGG